GCUGCUACAUGAUGUUGGAGGCUUUUAUUUUGACGGGCUGCUGUAUGAUAUUCGAGGCUUUUAUUUUGACGGGCUGCUACAUGAUAUUCGAGGCUUUUAUUUUGACGGGCUGCUGUAUGAUAUUCGAGGCUUUUAUUUUGACGGGCUGCUGUAUGAUAGUCAAGGCUUUUAUUUUGACGGGCUGCUCGCGGAUAUCGGGGCCCGUGAGCGCAGAGAAGCUUCUGUCCGUCGCGAAUCUUCGCAAAUAAAAUCGAGAUCGAUAUAAAAGCAGUAAUGAUCGCGCAGCAGCGUGUUAGUGCACUUUAAACACAUCUGCAGAGCGUCACAGUGAGUCGGGUCGGGUCAUGGCGUCGGGUCCAGAGGCCGUCCACUACAUCCACCUCCACAACUCCAGCCAGUCGGUUCUGGAAGCCCUGAGAUCCCAGCGGCGUAAAGGCCUGUUCUGCGACGUCACGGUGCGCAUCCACGACGCCUCGCUGCGGGCCCACGCCUGCGUGCUAGCGGCCGGGAGCCCCUUCUUCCAGGACAAGCUCCUGCUGGGCCACUCGGAGAUCUCGGUGCCGCCGCUGGUGCCGGCGGAGACGGUGCGGCAGCUCGUGGACUUCAUGUACAGCGGCUCGCUAGUCGUGCUACACUCGCAGGCUCUCUGCAUCCUCACCGCCGCCUCCAUCCUGCAGAUCAAGACCGUCAUCGACGAGUGCACGCAGAUCAUCUCGCAGCGCCGCGGAGGCGGGGCCCCCGGCGGAGGGGCGGGGCCUAAGCAGGAGGAGGGCGGGGCCGACGGGAAGGGGCGGGAGAGCGCGGCGCUGACGGGCUACGGCUACGACUGCGCAUCGGACAUGGCGGCCGCUCUGGGAGGCGGAGCUCAAGCGGAGGGCGGCGGGCUGGAAGGGGGCGGAGUCGGUGCUCUAAUGCCCCUCAGCGAGUUAGGAGGCGGGGCUAUGUGUCGAGGGGAGGGGCUUGGUGUUGCAGGGGGCGGGGCCAUGCUGAAGCCCUCGAGCUGCUCGCAGGAGAUCAGCUACAUGUUGAGCGCGGAGCGCGGCGCGGCGAAUGAGCGCGGGCCGAUGGCGGAGGAGUACGGCGGCGUGGGGGAGGAGCUGGUGAGCGGGGUGGAGCGAUUCAGCGAAGACGACGAGAGAGACGCGCACGACGCAGACAGAGACGCCGACAGAGACAGACAGACUGCGCACACGCGCAAACAGAGGCAGCCGCUGAGACUGCAGGUGCUGGGCGGCGAGCAGGUGGUGGUGAAGAACGAGGGCGUGCAGGAAGGGGAGGGGCUGUUUGAGAUGGACGAGAGAGGAAACGCAUCACACAGCUCACACCAGCCCAGCUACGCACAGGGCGGGUUCUACGAGGACUCCGGCGUGUUCCCGGGCGGCUUCUGGUCUCAGGCGGAUCCGCAGGCGUCUCUGGGCUCGAACCCGCGUGGCCGGGUCAACAAACCACUCUCGCCGCCGCAACCAGCCUCGCAGAACCUCGGCAGCCAGAUGCUGUUCCAGUUUCCUGCCAGCGAAUCACAGAGCCAGUCCUUCUUUGUGGGCGGACCCAUGGUGAUCGACGGCUUGGCUGAUUCGUGCCAGCAGGCCCCGCCCCCUGCUCCUCUGACCCCGGCUCCGCCCCCCUCCACCCCAGCAUGCAUUGCAGGUCCGAGCUUUGCACCGCAGGGCUCCGAGACGUCCUUUGACUGCAGCCACUGCGGGAAGUCUCUGCGCUCCCGCAAGAACUACAGCAAACACAUGUUCAUACACUCCGGCCAGAAGCCGCACCAGUGCAGCAUCUGCUGGCGCUCGUUCUCUCUGCGGGACUACCUGCUGAAGCACAUGGUGGUGCACACGGGUGUGCGGGCCUUCCAGUGCUCCGUCUGCAGCAAACGCUUCACGCAGAAGAGCUCGCUGAACGUGCACAUGCGCACGCACCGCGUGGAGCGCACCUUCACCUGCGCCGUGUGCCAGCGCGCCUUCACCCACCGCACGCUGCUGGAGAGACACGCCCUGCAGCACCAGCACACGCCCAGCAAACCCAGCAAUCCCAGCAGCCACCUGGAGCAGGGCGGGCCCAGCGGGCCGGGCGGAGCCUCCUAGACCGCUUUAGCGGGAUCUUCACACAAGCAUGAAGAUCAGCCCAUGAUUUACUCUCCCUCAAGCCAUCCGAGGUGUGUAUGACACUCUUCUCUCAGACGAACGCAAUCAGAGUUAUGUCCUGGAUCUUCCAAGCUUUAUAAUGGCAGUGAAUGGUUGUAGUGCAUCUAUCCAUCAUAAAAGUGCAUCUAUCCAUCAUAAAAGUGCAUCUGUCCGUCAUAAAAGUGCAUCUGUCCAUCAUAAAAGUGCAUCUGUCCAUCAUAAAAGUGCAUCUGUCCAUCAUUAAAGUGCAUCUGUCCAUCAUUAAAGUGCAUCUGUCCAUCAUUAAAGUGCAUAUAUUCAUCAUAAAAGUACAUCUAUCCAUCAUAAAAGUGCAUCUAUCCAUCAUAAAAGUGCAUCUAUCCAUCAUAAAAGUGCAUCUAUCCAUCAUAAAAGUGCAUCUAUCCAUCAUAAAAGUACAUCUAUCCAUCAUAAAAGUGCAUCUAUCCAUCAUAAAAGUGCAUCUAUCCAUCAUAAAAGUGCAUCUAUCCAUCAUAAAAGUGCAUCUAUCCAUCAUAAAAGUGCAUCUGUCCGUCAUAAAAGUGCAUCUGUCCAUCAUAAAAGUGCAUCUGUCCAUCAUAAAAGUGUAUCUGUCCGUCAUAAAAGUGCAUCUGUCCAUCAUAAAAGUGCAUCUGUCCAUCAUAAAAGUACAUCUAUCCAUCAUAAAAGUGCAUCUGUCCAUCAUAAAAGUGCAUCUGUCCAUCAUAAAAGUGCAUCUGUCCAUCAUAAAAGUGCAUCUAUCCAUCAUAAAAGUGCAUCUAUCCAUCAUAAAAGUGCAUCUAUCCAUCAUAAAAGUACAUCUGUCCAUCAUAAAAGUACAUCUAUCCAUCAUAAAAGUGCAUCUGUCCAUCAUAAAAGUGCAUCUGUCCAUCAUAAAAGUGCAUCUGUCCAUCAUUAAAGUGCAUCUGUCCAUCAUUAAAGUGCAUCUGUCCAUCAUUAAAGUGCAUAUAUUCAUCAUAAAAGUACAUCUAUCCAUCAUAAAAGUGCAUCUAUCCAUCAUAAAAGUGCAUCUAUCCAUCAUAAAAGUGCAUCUAUCCAUCAUAAAAGUGCAUCUAUCCAUCAUAAAAGUACAUCUAUCCAUCAUAAAAGUGCAUCUAUCCAUCAUAAAAGUACAUCUAUCCAUCAUAAAAGUGCAUCUGUCCAUCAUAAAAGUACAUCUAUCCAUCAUAAAAGUGCAUCUAUCCAUCAUAAAAGUACAUCUAUCCAUCAUAAAAGUGCAUCUGUCCAUCAUAAAAGUACAUCUAUCCAUCAUAAAAGUGCAUCUAUCCAUCAUAAAAGUACAUCUAUCCAUCAUAAAAGUGCAUCUGUCCAUCAUAAAAGUGCAUCUAUCCAUCAUAAAAGUGCAUCUAUCCAUCAUAAAAGUACAUCUAUCCAUCAUAAAAGUGCAUCUAUCCAUCAUAAAAGUGCAUCUAUCCAUCAUAAAAGUACAUCUAUCCAUCAUAAAAGUGCAUCUAUCCAUCAUAAAAGUGCAUCUAUCCAUCAUAAAAGUGCAUCUAUCCAUCAUAAAAGUGCAUCUAUCCAUCAUAAAAGUACAUCUAUCAUCAUAAAAGUGCAUCUAUCCAUCAUAAAAGUGCAUCUAUCCAUCAUAAAAGUGCAUCUGUCCAUCAUAAAAGUGCAUCUGUCCAUCAUAAAAGUGCAUCUAUCCAUCAUAAAAGUGCAUCUAUCCAUCAUAAAAGUACAUCUAUCCAUCAUAAAAGUGCAUCUAUCCAUCAUAAAAGUCCAUCUGUCCAUCAUAAAAGUGCAUCUGUCCAUCAUAAAAGUGCAUCUAUCCAUCAUAAAAGUGCAUC